ACUGAUGUGUAAACUGAAUGGAAUAAAUUUUAACGUGCUGACGAAAGGUUAAAUACUAUAAAUAUUUCGUGAUGGGUGGUAAUGGAAAGCAGAUAAAGAGGAAGAGGAUUUUUAAUAAACAGGAGGAAGGCACUGAAUUCGAUUUGAGUAAUAAAUGUGCAAAACAGACUGAUGUGUUCGAGAAAAGACUUAUUAUUGUACUGGAAGGUGCUCAGCUGGAAACAGUUAAGGCAGGAAAGACAUUUGAACUAUUAAAUUGUGAUGAUCAUGUUAGUAUAAUACGAAAGAAUGGUAAAGAUCUCGCAUCAUGCCGGCCUGAUAUUAUUCAUCAAUGUUUACUUAUGCUGUUUGAUUCACCAUUAAACCGCGCUGGAUUAUUACAAGUUUAUAUAAAAACUGAGCAAAAUGUUCUAGUCGAAAUUAAUCCACAAACUCGCAUUCCCCGAACAUUUAAGCGUUUUGCUGGUCUUAUGGUGCAGUUGCUUCAAAAAUUUGCAGUUCGUGCAAAUAACACCUCAACUAAAUUAAUGAAAGUUGUCAAAAACCCGAUAACAGAUCACUUGCCAGUCGGUUGCAAGAAAUAUGCUAUGUCGUUUUCAGGAGAAUUAAUAAAAAAUUGUCGCGAUUUAGUACCGAACAAUGAGCCCAUUGUUUUAGUUAUAGGCGGAUUUGCUCAUGGCGUUUUAAAUUGUGAUUACACAGAAGGUUUAUUCUCAAUAAGCAACUAUCCACUUUCUGCAGCAAUUACUUGUUCUAAAGUUUGUAAUGCGUUUGAGGAAGUUUGGGGAAUAGUUUAAAAAACAAUGAAUAAUAAACUAUUAAUGUUCAAAUUUAUAUACUAAGAAAAAAUAUAGCUAAUAUAUGUAUCAAAAGUU